UCCCUUCAGUUGCUGCGUGACGUUCAGCUCCAGCCAUUUUGAGGUGUUUGUUCAGAGACGCGCGUUUGUUUUUCUGCACAGGCGUGCGGGGAGAGGAGAGCGGGCACUCGGCAGAAGAACGACUCCAAAGACAUUUUACACAACCAGUGUGUGAUUAUGGGUCCACCGAGAGGCAAAUCCAGCCGUUUAUUAACCGAAAGACGGGAGAAUUUCAGCUGGUUUGUUCAUUUAUCUUGACAUGGCAUGGGUGGCUUGGUCGGUCGGUCUGUGACGACGGAGGAAAACAACGCAGCAGCGGAGCGGAGAGAGGAGCCGGGCAGAAACUAGAGGAGAAGAUAGAGAGAGAGGGUUCAUUUUAAAGAUUCUUAGAUAUUUAUACUCCACAGCAGAAAAAACAGAGCUGUGGAUUAUUAUUCGGAAAUAAUAGAUAGCCAUACAGUUACUGCGGUUACACUGAUAACAAACGAACAAACGAUACAAAAACAAUGAUGACGAUAAACUCGCGAGAUUAUGAGUAACGUUAGGUUAACUCCUAACAGGUUAGCUAGCUUAGCUAACUAGCCUAGCUUACUUAAAACCACAUAUAGACACGUACAAACGGUUCCCCUUUCUAUCUGCGGGCAGAGCCGUUGCGACAGAGACCUGAAAACAGGAAGAAGAACCUAAGGGCAGAAAUGUAGUUAGCUUAGCUAACCUGCUAGCUAUUAACUAAUAGUGAGGCCUUUGGCUAGACAGCUGUUAAAAGUCAGUCUCAAAUGUAGCUAAGGCUAACUAGCCUAGCUGACAUUAAGUCAACUUUGUGUGUAAGUUAGUUAGCUAACUAUCGGCAAGGACCGCUGUGUACGGUAACUGUGGGCGAGCGUCAGUAACGCAGCUAGCGUUUGCUAGGUUAACUAGUUACGUGUCUUGGCUAGUUAGCUAGCUUAUUAGCUAGCUAGCUUAGUUAACUACAAAUCCGAGUUAAGUUUCGUUAGCUAACCUAAUAACUCGUUACCUACUUGGCUAACGCUAGCUAGGCAGCCAAAAGGAGCCUGAAAUGGAGACCCACAGCAGCGGUGACACUACGGCAGACCGUGGGCCGACCUCACGGCCUUAAACCCCAGCAUGUCCAGCAGUUUCUGUGUUAUUGUAGCUAACUACCUGGUGCCAAAAGCCUCCAGGCAUCUUACAUUUCUCUGCCAUGGUCGCCUUUAACCCCCAGUCAUUCACUCCUGCGUUACUGAGGACAGUUUAGUGCAAUAUGAACACAAACCAGACGCGUCAUGGAGGAGACUCCAAAGUCCGCAGCAGCAGCAGCCAGGUCUCCUAAAGGUCUCGUUUAUAUGAAUAUGACGUUUUAAAAAAAAAAAACUUCAGGUCGAUUUGUUCAACUUAAGCCAACUUCAGGGAUCUAGUUAAUUAACUACUUCUCCACUCAGCCAACUAGCUAGUAAACUAUGUAAAAGAAUAAGAAGAAAGCAGCCGUGGGCAUGUCGUUCGUUUGUUUUGACAUUUGCAGUUAGCUCGGUUUAUUAUAGCUAACUUACAUCUAUAAAGAGACGCAGAUUUGAGACCUAUUUGAGUUUCUCUGAGCUCUGAACUGAAGUCUAAUCCUUAUUAGUGAGUUAUUAGUACUAUAACUAAUACAUUUGGCCUGUCAUUCAAACAUGGCGUGAUAAUUCACACACAUGAUAAAUUGUUGAGCCCCAUGUGCACUCGCUACCCAGCCUGAUCUAAACAUGACUUGAUUUAGUUAAAAAAAUGUCUUGAUCUUGGGAGAUUUUGUUUAAUUAGAAUUAGUGUAAAUUAACGUUACUGGUAGUGCCGGAUAUUUCUUUUCUUUUCACUGUUUUUACAAAAGUAAAGCAACGCAAUUUGAACAUCGUAGCCUAUUCAUAGAAGGCACUGAGAUAAGGGGAAGUUUGGUAAAAGUUUACAGAGAAAGAAAUAAAUUCUACACAACAAUGGGAGACCCAACAUCUCGAAGAAAUCAAACGAGAAACCGACUCCGAGCCCAGCUCCGGAAGAAAAGGGAAUCUUUGGCUGACCAGUUUGACUUCAAAAUCUACAUAGCCUUCGUGUUUAAGGAAAAGAAAAAGAAGUCUGCUCUUUUUGAGGUUGCUGAGGUGGUUCCAGUCAUGACCAACAACUAUGAAGAAAAUAUUCUCAAAGGAGUGAAGGAUUCAAGCUACUCCUUAGAAAGUUCUUUGGAACUUCUUCAAAAAGAUGUUGUGCAGUUGCAUGCCCCUCGCUACCAGUCAAUGCGCAGGGAUGUAAUAGGUUGCACCCAGGAAAUGGACUUCAUCCUAUGGCCCCGCAAUGAUAUCGAGAAGAUUGUCUGUCUUCUGUUCUCCAGAUGGAAGGGUGCUGAUCAUGAACCAUUCAGGCCUGUUCAGGCGAAGUUUGAAUUUCACCAUGGAGACUACGAGAAACAGUUUUUGCAUGCUGUUGGACGCAAGGACAAGGCUGGGAUGGUUAUGAACAACCCAAAUCAGUCAGUGUUUCUUUUCUUGGACAGACAGCACUUGCAGACUCCAAAAACCAAGGCCACAGUUUUCAAGUUGUGCAGCCUCUGCCUCUACCUGCCGCAGGAUCAGCUGACCUGUUGGGGGGUUGGAGAUAUCGAAGAUCACCUUCGUCCAUACAUGCCAGACUAGGAGAGACAUAGAUGAUUCCUCCCAAAGCCACUGAAGCAAGUUGACCUCAUUCACAUCCCUCAGUUGAAUAGAAUUGAACUUGUGCUUGGAACUCUCCUUUUUGUUAACCACUCAUUUUCAUUCUGAGGUUAAUUUAGUUGGCUUUUUUCCAUAUUCCUCCUACCAACCAGUUUUGGUUUGGUUCACUCAUUUACUUUUACCCUUAACCUGUCUGCUUUUAUUUGAACUUGCACGAACAUUGUUUUUGAGUGGUUGUUCUCUUGGAGCAGCACUGUCAACAGCAGUCACAGAAGAAACUCUUUAUAUUGGGGGAUUAAAAAGCAAACUGAUGCAAGUGGUUCCUUAAAUAUGGGCCUCUUGGACUGUUUCUGCUAUCAGUGACAUGAGUGGAUAGUUAACUUGUCUGAAUUUGUGGGGGGAAAAGGAUAGUAGUAAGAGUAAUGACAAUCAGUGACAGAUGAUCAAACACCCUGCAUAGUCUUGGUGAAAAGGCUAGUUCUCCUAGAUGAACAAUACUUAAAUUUUAUUUUGGUGUAGACAUUGCUUAUCAUUUUCAACUGCCUGAGUUUUGCUGGACGUUUUAUUUGAGUGUCAUUCCUUGCCUGUAAGAUGUCAAACUUUUCUUCAUCGUAUGUUUUUGUAAUUUCUGGAAGAGUGGUGCCAGAUGGGUUGGAGAUAUUAAAUGUGGAUUCUAGAUAAGCUGUUUGGCAUUUCUGAAAAUCAAUGUUACCAGUCAUGCAAUUCAUGUAAUAUUCAUUCAUGCGACUGAGACCUGAUUUUGUUUUUUGGUGGUGGCUAUUCAGUUGGAUACUAAUGCUUUAAGUUCAUGUACUUAUCAAAAUUAUUUUGUGGGGGGGAAAUUGCGCAUCAUUAAACUUUGUUUGAUUUUUUUUUCCACAACCCCCUUUAUGAAUACUAAGAAUUGCAGAGCUUGGAACUUGGUAUCUGUAAGCCAGCUUCGUUGGGUAAUAAAGCAUAAGAUCUA